CAAGGUCCUGUCUUCCCAAGUUGCCUUCUCUAAGAUGCGUGUGCGUAGCCCAAGGCGGUCAAUCUCUCUCACACACCCCAAGUUCUGUUCGUGUCCCGCUCCGAGAACAUUAAAGUUCUUGAGACAUCGAUAGCCUCGAUCUCGAGUCCAGCCCGCAGGCCGGCCCCAUCUGCCGUCCUGGGCCUCGUGCGUUCAGGCUUCUGUUGCCGGGUAAUUGCCCGAUGCGAUCGUCAUGCCAUGUCUCAUGCAGCACCCCCAAAUCCCCUUCCCCAGCAAAGCUUGCUGCGGUGCCGUUCAUCGCUUCCUUCAUAGCCUUCGACGCUUGGAGUUCCGCGAGGCGAGAUCAUCAUGCCGGCCCGUCUAUUGUUAGACUGCCCGACACGUUUCCCGGCCGCGAAAACGGCAAAAGAUGGACCAAGGACAGGCCACCCGAGAGAGGCAACGGAGCAUGUACGGGGUAAAGAAGAUAAACGGCGCGGCGGCUUGCAGCGUUGGCGACCGCCGAUCUGUCGUCGGCCGCCUAAGCCACUCAGCCACAGAUUGUCUCACCGUUGGACACGAGCUGCCGGCCGUUGGGCAUUUGCGUCGUACAGAUUGCAACGGUCAAAGUGACAACCAACCAGCCUACGCUCCAAUGACGCUUUUUUCCCCCCCUUUUCCUCCCACCUUCCAUACGACUAUCUUGAAAUCAUGGAUGGCAAACCUGGCCCAGGGGUGGCGCUUGCUUGUACCGUGUGUGUAUGUGUGUGUGUGUGUAUGUGUGUGUGUGUGUGUGUGUGUGUGUGUGUGUGUGUGUGUGUGCCCGGCAGUUAAGUUACAGGGGGGCGGCAGAUAUAGGCCACCCUCUCCUGCCUUCCGUAGGCGCGGGCCAACGACAUCUCGCGGCCGUUCCCUCAUUCUCCGUGGUUCUAAAUGCUUGGCUGUUUGCUAGCCUGUUUCCGCGACGUCGACCAUCCCCGGUUU